GGCAGGAUGAUGCGCAUCGCUAGCGCUCUGGGGCUUUUGAUGUUCAGUUCGGCGCUGCUCAUCCUGUCCCUCAUCUGCUACGUGUCCAUCAAGAAGGACUUCCUCCUCGGAACCACCAGAUAUGGACCAAACGGGGGACCCAGGAUGUUCCACACGGGAUAUCGUGAAAGGCCUCGCAAACCUGACCUUAGCUCCCAGUUGGCACUGAAGUAUCUGGAUCCAUUUUUUACAACACGGACCAAUGCUCCUAUUGAGGAUCUGAAGAAUUCAUCUAAAUGGAGGUACAACAGCACAGCUUUUAUCCAACAGAGGAAGGAAAUCUCUCAAUACAUCAAUAUUUCCCACAACUUCACAUUAACGCGUAGCAUAGUCCACAUUGGCCAGCUAAUGCAUUUUGACUACUCCAGUCACAAGUACGUCUACUCCAUCGGCGAAAACUUCCACUCCCUUCUCCCCGAGGUCUCGCCUAUUCUUAACAAGCACUACAAUGUCUGUGCAAUUGUUGGCAACAGUGGAAUCCUCACUGGGUCACGUUGUGGUGAUCAGAUUGAAAAGUUUGACUUUGUCUUCCGCUGCAACUUUGCACCGACCGAGGUUUUUAAAAGAGAUGUUGGGCGGCGGACCAACAUGACGACCUUCAACCCUAGCAUUUUAGAGAAAUACUACAACAACCUAUUGACGGUGCAGGACAGAAAUAACUUCUUCUUAAGCUUGAAGAAGAUGGAUGGUGCAAUUCUGUGGAUCCCAGCUUUCUUCUUCCACACAUCAGCCACAGUGACCAGGACACUGGUGGACUUUUUUGUGGAACAUCGCGAAAGGCUGAAGGUCCAGCUGGCCUGGCCAGGAAAUAUCAUUCAGCACAUAAACAACUACUGGAAAACCAAACAACUGUCGCCAAAACGUCUGAGCACUGGCAUCCUGAUGUACACUUUGGCAUCUUCUAUGUGUGACCAAAUCCACUUGUACGGAUUCUGGCCAUUCGGCUGGGACCCAAACACGGGGAAGGAGCUGCCUUAUCACUACUACGACAGGAAAGGCACCAAGUUCAGCACCCAUUGGCAGGCGAUCCAUCAAUUGCCGGCCGAGUUCAAACUACUCUACAAGAUGCACACAGAGGGACUGCUGAAGCUCAGCAUCUCUCACUGUGCUUAG